AUGGCCUAUCUCCCGCCAGCCGACCCCAGGCUCAACUAUUAUCAGCAGAGUCCGGUCCGCGGUCAGCUGGAGAACCCAGAUGGAACAACGAGGUCAGGCUGGCGUUAUAUCCAAUGCACGGACACCCCGAAUGAACUACGGGUUCUCCUUCCUCCUUACACCGCGCAAAUCUACGGCCACAUACUGAAUGCGGAGAACGCCGAAUUGGCCAAGGGCAAGGCCGCCAACUGGGAGCGCAUCCUGCAGAUCCGCCACCUCAAGGACCGCAUGAUCCGCAAAUGCACCCGUCUCAGCCGUACGAGCCAGCCCAAGGACAAGCCCGCGCCGCGCGUCCUGUUCCAGACCGUCCACGCCCCGCCCGACUUCAGGCUGAAGGAGAUGGAGCGCUGGUACAAGCUGCAGGGCGGCGAGCUCGGCAAGUCCUCCAGAGGACCCGCCGCGGCGCCGUACUGCAAGGAGUGCCAGGAGUGCAUGGCGCACCAGGCGCGGACCCAGGCGUACGCGCAACAAGCCGCGGUGCGCCGCAGCCCAUCUUCCAGCAGACUGCCGCCUCCCAGAGGCUCCACCCCCGAGCGCAUGCGUAUGGCGAGACGGCAGGCCGCGCAGCAGCAGGGCCAGCCGGGCGCAUACACCCACCCGGCCGCCCCGCCUGUCAGACAGGACCAGCAGCGUGCGCGCGGCCCCGCGCCAGCGCGAGGACACGUACGUUAUCCGUCCGCCCCUGCCGUCCCCGGCUAUCACCCAGACCCCCCAAGACCGUCGCAAGGGCGCAAGCCGUCCGAGUACUUGCGCGCGGACCACGCCGCGCGGGUGCAGGCACGCUCCCCAGACCCUCUACCCAUCCCUUACCGAACGCGCCCGCCCAUCACAUCGCCCGAGCCCGAACCGGACCCGUCGGAGGCCACUGAAGUCGGUCCGGUUCCCUCGCCUAGAGAGUCCAUCACGCCGCCGAAAGUGUCGACUCCACCCAAUGGGCUUCCUACGAUCCAUGAGGAGGAGGCGGAGCACCGUCCCAUUGUGCGCCGACGGAGCAGUCUGAAGAAGCGGGACAGCAUGAGCAAGCUGAGCGUCGCGAGCCAGUCGAAGUCGGUCGCAUGGGCUAUGGACAAGGAUUGGGUCGAUCAGAUGUCGCAGUACGUGAAGACGUCGAACGAGGCCGAGGUGCUGAAUGCCGAGCUCGAGAAGCUGCGCUUGGAGUACCACGACGAGAUCGAGGCCAUGCGCGCACUGUGCUUGAAGGUUGAGGAGUCGCAGGAGCGCGUCAGGGUAGAGACGGAGCACUUGCGCGAGAACGAGAAGGCCGUGAAGACACAGGAGAAUAAGAUAUUGGCGAGCAGCGAGCAGAUCGAGCUGAAGCAGGCCGAGUUCCAGGCGAAGGUUCUCGCAGUCCUUGAGGAGAGCAAGCGUGUCGUGCAGCUGUGCGACAAGAAGCGCGACGUGCAUGAAACAUCAUGA